UAAAAUUAAAGAAAUUUUUAAAAUUAGUUAAAAGUAAUUUUAAACCAAAAAUUUAAAGAAAUUAUUUUAAAAUUAAUUAAUUAUACACACUGGAUGGGGGAUUAAACCAGGGAUUUUAAUAGAUUUCGAUUAAACUUUCUGGAACAAUAAAUUUGAUAAUAUUUUAAAGGUAAAUUUUUUUAUAUUACAACCGAUUUAACGUUAAAUUUUUAUAUUUUGAAGGGUAAAAUUUUCGUAAAAUUUGGCAGAGUUCGAAGGAUUUGAUGUUGAGAUUUACAAGUUUUAAGGGCUUAUUUUUUAAUUUUUCAGUACCAAACAGAUGAUUUCCAAACAACCUUUUUAUCAACAUCUUUAUCCACUUUUUUAUCCGCAUUUUAUCCCUUUGUAGCCCUUGAGUUCAAUUUUUUAUCGUAAAAUAACUUGAAAUGGAAAUUAAAAAUAAUAAAUUUCAAUUGUAAUAUAAAUUUUUAAUCCUUAAAAUGAGCGUCAGGAGUUCUGGCAACCCUUCAGUUAGGAGCUCCGGGGACAAUUCUGGGACCAAGAAUUCCGUCAGGAACUUGAAGACUGGGAUUUUCUCGUUGAUAAGGAGUCAAAAAGCUUAUUCCAUAGUACUGCUAGUGAGUAGGCUGAUUUUAUCGGUAUGUCAAUCAGCUGUUUCACUGGACACUUGGUCGAGAUUUUCAAAGCUUUCAAGGGCUCCAGACGACAUUGACAUGUCCCUGGAGACUUUAGAGAGUUUUACAGGUGAUUUAACCUGGGUUCCAACCCCCGAUAUACCCGCCGAGGCGCCCGAACUUUACGGCCUAAACAGGUUAUUUAACCUCUAUUUGAUAAGGCUGUCACACUACUUUCACGCUAGAAUUUUAAGUUUUCUGGUGUACUUCAGCUCAAUAAUCUUUGGACUCCUGCUGGUCAUGUGUUUAUUCGACGUUUGUACAAUAGUUUGGCGUAGGAAGAGAGUUAAGAAUUUUUACCUGUUUUUCAGGUUUGGGUUUUACUGCGUUUUGUUUGGACUUGUGUUUUCACAGUUUAUGUUCCUGCUGUAUUAUAAUAAUUUACUCUGCUCAAUGGAGGGAUUGUAUCCGUUUCUAUUUGUUAAAUCAGGCGAUGAUAGACUUGAGUUACUACGGACUGGUGCCUGUGGGUUCUCACAACGGUUGAUUUUUACGUAUGUUAUUUCAUUUUUAACCUUGGUUCCCGAUGCGUUUUUGAUUCUAAUUCCCAUUUUACCCGCGUUUAGGAGUUACUCGUUUCUCAACGGGAUGAAGUAUUUUGGCUCUAUAUUCCUGCUGAUAACGGCGUUUAUAGCGUUGGAUACGAGGAGGUUUAUCUCUCUGGGCCAGAGCGCAAAAAUCUUAGAUUACGCUGUGGAAAAGUAUAACGAGGAAGCUAUUCGGGCGGGAAGACCUGAGUCAGUAAUUAAGUUACUAAACAAGUCAAAAUCGAUGAAAAUGCUCAACAUGAAGGAUGUGAUUUCAUACAGAGUUUUCAAGUCGAUCAAGGACGUUGGCACCCAAAUCGACCCAAAGUUCAGAGUACCAGAUGACAAAUUCAAGUUUGUAAGAAGUUUGGUACACUUUAAUUUUGCCAGGCAGUUGUACGAGCAGUCGAAACAAUCAAGUUUUUACUUCUUUCUGGUGGGUAUUUACACGGGCGUUAUCACAGUAAUUGACGCCAUGGUAGGCACUGUACUAAUAAUUAAACGGCAUAAAUUUUUAUUACCAAUUGUCGUGAUUGUGAAUUUCUUUUACUUUUUUACUAACAUCGUGCACUGUAUUUUGCUGCAGUUCCCAAUGUAUUUAUCGAAGAUUUUUUGUAAAGUCACGAGCUACGCCACGGAUGAGGAGGGGAUACUCUUUGAAACACUCGCACUCUCCCACCUUUCCUGCAAACUCAAGUACGUCUACAACUGCUCAUUCGCACUCGUCAUCUUCCUAGCCGUUUUAGGUUUCGCAAAUGUAGUCAAUCUAUACUUUAUACAUAAAGCUCACUAAUUUCUUUACUAUCUUA